CUUGACUUGACUCAUUCGACUGAAGGAAGAUACUGACGUGACACUUCAACGAGAAUUCAAAGAGUUCCGUUGGUUGCGUUGCACUUCGUCGUCGUUGUCCCUUCUUCAGCUCAACCAACAGCAGCUGGAGGACGAGGUACUGACAAAUUCUACAAAGCACUCUUAUUUGUUUUUAACCAUGGAGAUUGGAAGCAGAAGAAUACGAAGAGGAGCUCCUACUACUAGUAGCCCGAGACUGCUGGCAGUGGCUGUUGUGUUUCUGUUGAUAUCUUGUUCGAUCCAGCUCUCUCAUGCAUGGAAACCAUCAUCUUUGCCACUGACGAGGGCAAGAGCAGUGGAGAGUCGAAGCUGUUUGAACGAACAGAAUGAUAAUUAUCUAUAUGAACCGGAUCGAGACAAGCCCUCCGUGUUGCCCCAAGAAACCGAACCCGUUCGGACGUUGGGAGGUGGCGCCGACAUGAUUUUUGCCAUGGCCCGCCAAAUGCUGCUCUGGGAAGAUACCGCCGAAGAUCCGCAGGCGGAAAAAGUACAGCCAUUUUCAUCACCCGCCGCACUGCCCCGAUGGCGCCCGAUUCGAGGUGUCUCGGAUGCCAAUCCGGCCUUUCGAACAUCCGCACCGCCCAUGAACAGCCAGGGAUAUGCCGGAACCAUUUGGCGCAAUGUCCGCAAGGCCAACAAACCCUCUCUUUGGCGGCAUGCUCUACGGACGUAUGAUCGCAUGGGAUACAAUACUGCCACAACCACCAAAGCGGGUGCUGCCACUGCCGAGGGCCUCAAAGUCCAACGGACCAAUUUGCAUCACGAAGGAGCUCUGGUGGCGUGUGCCAAGUUGGGAUUGUGGAAAAAAGCCAUUGCAAUUUACAAGACGGUGCAAGAAGAAGAGAGACAGAGUCGCAUUCCAAACACUAGUGUAUUCGUUACCGAAAAUAUGGUGCUCUCACUGAUUCGGGCAUGUGUCCGGGCGUCCAAACAGCAUCAACUACAAGACACGGACGAAACCGAAUUGAAGACGUUGGAAGAACGACGAGCUCCGUUGGAUGCCUGUCUGGAAAUAUUGCUGGAAAUGGAAGAACAACAUGGAUUGCCCUUGGUGGCGCGACACGUCAAUCCCAUUGCCGCAGCCUAUCAAAAAUUGACUCUCAUGCAAGAGGCGGCACAACUCAUUGACACGCAUUUGCAAGAUCGCACCAAGGGACCCGAAGGAGAAGAUGGAGACGACCCAUUUAACGUCAAUGAUGUUCAUGCCAAGGACAAGGGAUCCUACUCGUUGCUCGUCAAAGGGGCCGUAUCCGAAGGCAACUGGGAAGGGGCCGUGGAAGCACUCAAAACCAUGACCGAAGCAGGACUCUAUCCCAAUUCACGCAAUCUCAAUGCAUGGACCGAAGUGUCGGAACGCAAGACCAAACAACGCAAUACACGGAGUUGGAAGAAAAAACGAGACGAGUAUUGGUUGGAGAGUGUUCGAUAAUAUAUUAUUAUAUAUUGUACUGGAGGAAUGAAUGAAAUGCAAUAACGAAUACACGUAUAACUGAACAUAGACUACGGUAGCCUUUAUU